GCUGCUGAAACCAACCAUGCAGAACGAUCAGGGAAAGAUUGUCGACUUGUACAUCCCUCGUAAGUGCUCCGCCACUAACAGGAUUAUUGCCGCUAACGACCACAAGUCGGCUCAGUUCAACGUUGCCGUUGUUGACCCCAAGACUGGCCUUGCUACUGGUGAAUUCCACCCCGUCUGCAUUGCCGGCUACAUGAGGAGCAAGGGUGAGUCUGAUGCUUGCGUCAACCGUCUCUUGCACGAGAAGAACAUCCUCUCCUUCGCCGAGUAAAGUACUGCUCUACGACGUAUCGGCGAGUGAUGGACCUUGUUUGUUCCUAACGCACGGUUUGUUGCAAGCAGCAACGCAAGUCAC